AUGCAUUAUGUUGUGUUAGAGGUGGAGGUGGCUCGUCGUGAAGACAGGGCAAAAGACUGGGCUCAAAUCGCGCGAUUUGAAUACCAAAUCUUGGAUGCGAAAACGUUAAAACAAGCGUUUGCUAAAAACCGACAGGUUCAGCUGGGUCCUGGGUGCUCAUUGCAAGAGGCCGUGGGUCAAUUGGAUCGGGAUAUCGUGGAGCAUGCUGGGGGCGAUUUUGUGCUGUGUUCUCUGGGGUCGACGUGGCAUUUUCGUGUGACGAUGCCACGACAAGCGCGGGACGAAGUUUUCAUUCUACCGCCGCAUUUGCAGCACCCUAAGGUUUUUGAUUUAUGGAAGGAGUAUCAGAGAUGGUGCGUGAAUCAUCCGGAGAUCUUGGCGUUGCGUACCACAGCCACUUCGUCACAAAGCAAGAAAACCAAAGAUUUGGAUGAAUUACGUGCGGUCUUGGAACUUGAAAACGUGGCGGAUGACGCUAAUGAAGAGUCAAAAGAGCCGGUAGAUAAUGCGGAGACUCUCCUUAAUCAGGCUCUUGGAGUUAUUUUGCAGCUGCACCAAAAAUGUUGUACUCCGGAGGACAAACUUAUGGUCUUGACGCAUCCGUACGAUUCGUACCUCGACGUGCGUACCUUUUUGCAAGAAAGAUCCAAAGUUUUAUACAUGAACAAUUUGCCUCCCGAUACCACACAGAGCGAACUGGAGUCCUGGUUUACUCAAUUUGGAGCUCGUCCGGUCGGUUUCUGGACCGUCAGAAAUAUCGUCGAAGAAACCUCCAACGUCAAUAAUAAUUGGUCUAGUAACAACAGCACGUACGUGGAGGCAGAAGAUAGUAUCUCAGGAUUUGUGGUAUUCCAAACGCACGAAGAAGCCACAGAGGCUCUUUCUUUAAAUGGGAGAUCGAUACUGUCUAACAUCGCCAACACGAAACAACCAAGGGUCAUUGAGCAUACUGUUGAGAUUCAGCCUUCAAGCGCAAGAGUCCUGGAUAGAGCUCAAGAAAUUCUCUCUCCUUUCCCACAAAGCAAGAACAAACCUCGACCUGGCGACUGGAACUGUCCUUCGUGUGGGUUCUCCAACUUUCAAAGAAGAACCACUUGUUUCCGCUGUUCAUUUCCUGCAAACGAUGCUGGUGCUAUGAACAAAAACGGCUACGUUAGAAAUUCAUUGCAGCAAACGGCGCUUGGUGAUCUACAGACUGGCUUCAAGCCUGGAAACGGUAUUGCUGGAAUGUCACCUAUGCCUGGUCACAUAGCAAAUGCGCUCAUUCAGCAGACGCAUCUUUCUCAGCAACAGCAUCAGCAUCAGCAUCAGCAGCAACACCAGCAGCAACAUCAGCAGCGCGUGCGUUACAACCAUGCACAACGACUUGGUCAAGCUCAACAGGGUGGAUCCAACGUGCCUUUCAGAGCAGGCGAUUGGAAGUGCGCUGUUUGCACAUAUCACAAUUUUGCCAAAAACGUGGUAUGUUUGCGCUGUGGUGGUCCGAAGACUACUGAUCACCAACAAAAAGAUUUAGGCACUGUCAACUCCUAUAACAAUAUUCAAGGGAUUGACAAUGGAAUGGGUAUUACGUUGAAUACUAGGAGCUUUUCGGAGCCUGCAUGGUAA